AUGUCGAAUAAGGUUAUGUUCCGUCCGCCAUUGUCGAAACGUGAGCAACCACUGUUACGGAGCAAAUCCAUACCUGGCAGCCUCCGGUUCGCGGAGGUUGCUGGCGGCACAACUGCCGAGUGCGCUGCUGUGUGCUGUUGUUGUCCUUGCUUUGUCCUCCACUUCCUCGUCCUCGCCAUUUACAAGGUUCCGGCCGGGCUCUGCCGACGCGCUUUAAGGACGAGGCGCCGGCAUAGUCUAAGGAAGGGAACUCUUCCGGCGAGGCGCGGGCGGUGCUCUGCCUGCAGUUACGACGAGGCGGAUCUUCAGAUUCUUACCGGCGGAAAAACGAUGAACGCAUCGGAACUGAAAGGUAAAAAAUCGGACGAAACGGAAAGGAAAGUUAUGGAACUGGAAACAGAGAUGUGGGAGACUUUUUAUGGUACUGGUUUCUGGAGAAGCCCCUCUCAGAGAGAUCAAAUUACAGAUUCUAUAUGA